ACGAAAUGGCUUAUGAGUAUCUGCUCAAAUUCUGAAAAACACACUCAGAGUGUCUGAUCAAACACUCGAAUGUCUGAGCAAAACACUCGAGUAUCUGAGCAAAUACCCGGGUGUUUUUCCUCCCCUAUUUUCCCCCACGACAAACUAGAUUUCAUUAUUAAAAAAAGGGGUUUCUUGAACUCAAAGCCAUUUUAAAAAACGCCAUAUAUUCGUGCAAGUAAGUAUCGAAUCAAACACAGAUUUGUAAAUAAACUUACAAUGCGAUUUACUCAUUUUAUUUGCUGUUGAUCUCUGCUUAAAGCAGGUUCAUAUUGGAGCUGAGAUAUUGAAAAGUUUAAAGUUCCGCAAGCAAUAUGAUUAAGUCGUAUAUAUUAAUAGCAGCUGUCUGGUUUUUAUAUAAAGCUGUGUGUAGCACCGUUCUGCCUAGUGAUAUUGUAAAAUGCCACUUUGGAGAUUCACCUUGUAUUAUAAAAAGCAUUAAUGAUGUAAUCAGAAGAUACCCCAAAGGCAUACCGGAGAUUGGUCUGCCGCCAUUGGAUGCAACGGAAAUGGAAGAUGUUUCUAUGUUGGAUUCACCAUACCGCGGUCCGAUCUGGCUAACUUUUCACAUGAGAGAUAAUGUUAUCAAGGGCUUCAACAAUGCAACAGUUACCCACAUUGAGGGUUUUAAUCGAGAUCCAACAAUAGAACCAAUCAUGAUAAAAGCUCGCAUUCCGCGACUUGUGCACGAAGCAACCUACGAUAUGCAAGGUCAGUUGCUAAAGCUGAAAGCAAAUACAACCGGAAAACUGCAAUCUGAUUUUCAGAACAUUCACUUUACGCUCAAGAUCAAGAUCAUACUGGAAUAUCGCAACAAUAAGCGAUAUCUUAAAGUGUAUGAAAUCGUACCCAAAGUCACUUUGGAUCGAUGGAUUAUUUGGAUGAAUGAUUUGUAUAAAGAAAAUACCGACUUAACAAUAGCUAUAAAUCGAGCAUUCAAUAAAAAUUGGGUGGAAUUUUGGAACGGUGUUGAGCCGGGACUACUGAAGGCAUUUUCGGUGGCAUUUACUGGUAUUCUCAACAAGGUACUGGAGAAUGUCGCCUAUGACGAUAUGUUUCUACCCGAUUUCAAUAAAUCGAAUAGCUCAAUUUAAAGUUAG